AGAAGGUAUACCGGAAAUUCCUGGCAUUGUUUUCUGAACAUCGAUCGCUCGUAAAGGUUGUAGAGAGAGAAGGAAAGAAAAGGGAAUAGAGAGAAAAGGAGAAAGAGACUAAAACCUUCCCCUGUGCUCUGUUCUUUCUUUUCUUUCUCUUUCUCUUUCUCCUUUAAUUUUCUUUUCUUUCUCUCCCUCUCAAAAGAAGAAAAAUCCUUCAUUCUCGUUUGAAUUUUCUUCUUCUGUCCUCCCUCUCCCAUCUCUCUCCUGUUUAUCCAAUCCCAAGAAGCUCUCCUCUUCUUCUUCUUCUUCUUGCCGGGGAGGACUUUCGGUCUGCUUUAUUCUUCAUUCCCUUUUUCUCCCCGUCCAAAUCUUGAUCCGUGAAGUCCUCUCUUCCCCCUCCUUUUUCUUUCUUAAGCUGCAAUGGCGGGUUGCUAGUUUCUGGGUUCGGCGAGGACUGAGAGGAAUCCGCAUUUUGCAGCCAUUACCAGAGGACAAAUUUUGCAGAAGGGACAGUUGGGAAAAAUUAUAUGCUUGGAAGCAAAGUGUUACUAACGAUUGGUGGUGAAAUUUAUAGAGCAGCCAGAUAGAAUAUAUCCUCUUGGAUUGAAUUGGGAGAGAGAUGGGGCGGGGUAGGAUAAGGUCUAAGAUUCGACGCAGCCAUCUUCACCCAUUUUCAUGUCUAAGGCCAAGCACAAAAGAAGGGCAAGAGCCACAUUCAUUGGAAGGCCCCGGUUUCUCUAGAAUUGUAUAUUGCAAUGAACCCAUAAAGCAUAGGAAAAAGCCCUUGAAGUACUGUUCAAACUACAUCUCCACGACCAAGUACAAUGUCAUUACAUUUAUUCCCAAGGCAUUGUUUGAACAGUUUCGACGGGUUGCCAACAUCUACUUUCUCUUGGCAGCCAUCCUUUCGCUAACCCCAGUAGCUCCAUUCUCAGCAGUGAGCAUGAUCUUUCCUUUGGCUUUUGUUGUUGGUAUUAGUAUGGCGAAGGAAGCAUUGGAAGACUGGGGGAGGUUUAUGCAGGAUAUGAAGGUUAAUACGCGAAAGACUUACGUUCAUCAAGGGGAGGGUGAGUUCGGCUACAAGGCUUGGGAAAAGAUUCAAGUUGGUGAUAUAAUCAAGGUAGAGAAGGAUCAGUUCUUCCCUGCUGAUUUACUUCUAUUGUCCACGAGUUACGAGGAUGGUAUUUGUUAUGUUGAGACUAUGAACCUCGAUGGGGAGACUAACUUGAAGAUCAAACGAGCUCUUGAGGUGACAUUGCCUCUAGAUGAUGAUGACACUUUCAAGAACUUUUCAGGGAUGAUAAAAUGUGAAGAUCCAAAUCCAAACCUCUACACGUUUGUUGGUAAUUUUGAGUAUGAUCGUCAGGUUUAUCCUCUCGAUCCUGGUCAAAUACUCCUCAGAGAUUCGAAGCUUAGGAACACGGCGUUUAUCUAUGGAGUUGUUGUGUUCACUGGCUUCGAUAGCAAAGUCAUGCAGAAUUCGACUAAAUCCCCUUCCAAAAGGAGUACAGUAGAGAGGAAAAUGGACAAAAUCAUAUAUAUACUCUUCAGCUUCCUUAUCUUGAUUUCAUUGAUAAGCUCAAUCGGCUUUGCAGUCAAGAUAAAGUUCCUAAUGCCAGAUUGGUGGUAUAUGCAGCCAUGGAAACCUGAAGAUUUGUACAAUCCGAAUAGUCCUUCGAAAUCUGGCCUGGCUCAUUUGAUCACAGCUCUCAUCCUUUACGGUUAUUUAAUCCCCAUCUCUCUUUAUGUUUCCAUUGAGGUUGUGAAAGUUUGUCAAGCAAUGUUUAUUGACCAAGACAUACAUAUGUAUGAUGAAGAAACUGGUAAUACUGCUCGAGCAAGGACAUCGAAUUUGAAUGAAGAGUUGGGCCAAGUCGACACGAUCCUAUCAGAUAAAACGGGUACGUUGACAUGCAAUCAAAUGGACUUUCUAAAGUGUUCCAUUGCUGGUAAUCCGUAUGGCGUGAAAUCCAGUGAGGUGGAGCUUGCUGCAGCAAAACAGAUGGCUAUGGACCUUGAGGAUCAGGAUGGAGAACUUUCUAUUGGUUCCAAGAGCAAUACUGGUACUAGAACCUCUUGGGAAAGGUCUGGAGAUCCAGAGAUUGAACUAGAGACCGUCAUUACUGCUAGGGAUGAGAAGGACCACAAACCAGCUAUAAAAGGGUUCAGCUUUGAGGAUAGCCGACUUAUGAAUGGGAACUGGUCGAAUGAGCCCAAUCCUGAUGUCCUUUUGUUGUUCUUCCGGAUAUUGGCGAUUUGUCAUACUGCUGUUCCUGAACUGAAUGAAGAGACUGGAACUUAUACGUAUGAAGCUGAGUCGCCUGAUGAAGGAGCAUUUCUCGUUGCAGCAAGAGAAUUUGGGUUUGAGUUCUUUAAAAGAACUCAAUCUAGUGUUUUUGUCAGUGAGAGAAUGCGUCCAGGACAAGUUGUUGAAAGAGAGUAUAAACUUCUGAAUCUGUUGGAAUUCACGAGCAAGAGGAAAAGGAUGUCAGUAAUUGUGCAGGAUGAGGAUGGGCAAAUCCUAGUCCUCUGCAAAGGUGCUGACAGCAUAGUUUUUGAUCGGCUAUCAAAGAAUGGACGAACAUUCGAGGAAUCCACCACGAAACAUCUGAAUGAUUAUGGAGAAGCUGGAUUACGUACACUCGUACUUGCUUACAAAAAGCUCGAUGAGGCGGAGUACAAUGCAUGGAACAAUGAAUUCGUCAAAGCCAAGACUUCAAUUGGUGCUGACAGAGAAGUUUUGCUCGAGCGAGUAGCAGACAUGAUGGAAAAAGAUUUCAUUCUCGUUGGUGCAACAGCUGUCGAGGAUAAGUUGCAAAAAGGGGUGCCACAAUGCAUAGAUAAGCUCGCACAGGCUGGUCUAAAGAUUUGGGUUUUGACAGGAGAUAAGAUGGAAACUGCAAUCAACAUUGGAUUUGCUUGUAGUUUGCUUCGACAAGGGAUGAAGCAGAUUGUUAUAUCAUCGAUGAAUUCAGAUAACUUAGCCCAAGACUCGAAGCAGGCGGUGAAGGAUAAUAUACUGAACCAACUAACCAAUGCCUCUCAAAUGAUCAAGCUCGAGAAAGAUCCGCAUGCUGCAUUUGCUUUAAUUAUCGAUGGAAAGACGUUAACUUAUGCUUUGGAGGAUGAUAUGAAGCACGUGUUCUUGGCUUUAGCUGUUGACUGUGCAUCAGUGAUAUGCUGUCGUGUUUCACCAAAGCAGAAGGCAUUGGUCACACGGUUAGUAAAAGAAGGCACGGGAAGAACAACCUUGGCAAUUGGUGAUGGAGCAAACGAUGUUGGAAUGAUUCAAGAAGCUGACAUUGGUGUCGGUAUCAGUGGGGUUGAAGGCAUGCAAGCUGUGAUGGCGAGUGAUUUCUCAAUUUCACAAUUCCGGUUCUUGGAAAGACUUCUAGUAGUCCAUGGACACUGGUGCUACAAGAGAAUAGCUCAAAUGAUCUGCUAUUUCUUCUACAAGAACAUUGCUUUUGGUCUUACUCUCUUCUACUUCGAGGCAUUCACCGCCUUCUCCGGGCAAUCAAUCUACGACGACUGGUACAUGCUUCUGUUCAAUGUCCUUCUCACCUCAUUGCCAGUCAUCUCACUUGGAGUCUUUGAACAAGAUGUUCCUUCAGAAGUCUGCUUACAGUUCCCUGCAUUAUACCAACAAGGCCCGAAGAACCUGUUCUUCGACUGGUACAGGAUACUUGGCUGGAUGGGGAAUGGUCUAUACUCCUCCCUCGCCAUCUACUUCCUCAACAUCCUCAUCCUCUCUAACCAAGCUUUCCGAGCUAGUGGACAGACUGCUGACAUGGCAGCAGUGGGUACCACAAUGUUCUCCUGCAUCAUUUGUGCUGUGAACUGCCAGAUCGCCCUCACCAUGAGUCACUUCACCUGGAUCCAGCACGUCUUAGUAUGGGGAAGCAUUGCCACGUGGUUCCUGUUCCUAUUUGUAUACGGGAUGGUGUCUCCAGCCUACUCGGGAAAUGCAUACCAAAUCCUCGUGGAAGCUCUCGGUCCAGCGCCACUCUAUUGGUGCGCGAUCUUAUUGGUGACCAUCACGUGCAACCUUCCUUACUUGGCUCACAUUUCGUUCCAAAGGUGCUUCAAUCCCAUGGAUCAUCACAUUAUUCAAGAGAUCAAGUACUACAAAAAGGACGUUGAGGAUCAACAUAUGUGGAGGAGGGAAAGGUCAAAGGCUAGACAAGAAACCAAGAUCGGGUUCUCGGCUAGGGUUGAUGCAAAGAUCAGGCUUUUGAAAGGUAGGCUGCAGAAGAAGAACACUUUAGCAGUGCACAGUCAUAGGCCUUCACAAUCUUGAUUAAGGGUUUGCGGCGGAUGGAUCUUUGGGGUUACAUUCUUUUCACUCUAAUUCUUUUUUCUGGGUUGGUUACAUUUUUUUACUUUUUCUACUUAGGGAUUAUUCUUUGGCCAUUAGCAAAAUUUUCCUGGUUCCUUCUUCAUGAGGCCUCCCCUUCCUUGCUGAGAGUCAAUUUGCCUUACUAAUUCUUCUUUUUGUUUAGAGCUCAUUGAAAGGAAGUAGGGCGGGGAAAAAGAAAAGAGGAAAAUGUGAAGAGAAAAACUGGUUCAGAUUAUGUGUAUGUAAAGUUCUCUGAUUACUGAAGAGACAGAGUGAACCAAGUUAACAGCUUGUGAAUGUGAAGUAAAUAGUUAAUAUCUAACUUUUUUACAGCAGUAGCAGUAGCAACCUUGUUCUUGUUCUUGCAGUUCUUCUUUCUGGUUGCCAACAUGUGUAUCUUUUCAUCUCAUAGCUUAAUCCAAUGCAAGUCAGAGUUGAGCAUGUUUAUUUUUACUAUUCUACUGUAUCAUUAUCAUGUUAGGUCACACAAAUGGCUUCAUCUCACUAGCCUCCAAUUAUCAAAAGAAAGCAAUAUAGUUUAUUCACUCUUAGUGGCACAGUAAGCCAGUG